AUGAACAAAUGGCUAGUGGGAUACCUUCGAUACUUUACCAAUGACAGACCCAAAGACUGGGCCAGAUGGCUAGCCUUAGCUGAAUGGUCAUACAAUACCUUGGAGCAUUCUUCAACAGGGUUUAGUCCAUUCGAAGUUGUUUAUAGGCAGCCACCACCUCGGCUCCUCCCUUAUGAGCCUGGAUCUACGGCAUUGCAAGUGGUUGAAGAAGAAAUGAGAAGCCAAGACUUCAUUCUUGCUCUGGUAAGAGAAAAUCUACAAGAAGCUCAAACAAGGAUAAAGCGUUAUGCCUAUAAGAAAAGAACAGAAAGAGAAUACGAUGUAGGUGAUUGGGUCUAUUUGAGGUUAAGACCAUAUAGGCAAAUGACUGUUGCCGUAAGGAGAAACUUGAAGAUUUCCCUAAGAUACUUCGAACCCUUCCAGAUCACUCAAAAGAUUGGAAAAGUCGCAUAUAGGCUAGAUUUACCCAAGGAAUCCAAGAUCUACCUGGUGUUUCACAUCUCCUGCCUUAAAAAGAAGCUCGUAAACUUUCCUCAGUUAUGGAAUAUGUCACUUUAG